UACAAAUUGAAUUACUAGGGUGGUAAGAUAAAAAAUGAAAUGUUUAGAUGUCCCUGUACAUUUACAUAUUCAGUUUUAUGUUACAAAUAUUUAGAAGAAAAAAAAACAGUUUCCUUAUGAAAUACUGGUUUUCUCACUCACGUAAUUGGUUCAUCCCUAAUUUAGCUCCAUCCCUGGUUAUACCCAUCAGACAGCUGUUUUACGCAUAUGUGAAUGGAAAAUAAACUAGGAAUUUACAUAAAAAUGAAUUUAAAGUUAAAUAUUAAAUAAGAUAAUUAAAAAAAAUUAAUGCGCCGUUACUUUACAUCGGUCAACGUCCAAACAAUGUCGAAGAACAAGGUGAAAUCAAAAUCCACUGCUCAAAAUGCUAAAAGUGACGCUGCAUCCGCACCGGCUAAGGAAACCAACCCGAUUACUGUGGACAAAGGCGGCAAUAUAUGCAUACAAAUUUUGGCCAAGCCAGGUGCCAAGCAAAAUGGAAUUACGGGAAUCGGUCUCGAAGGAGUGGGCGUCCAAAUAGCCGCUCCGCCUAGUGAGGGAGAGGCAAAUGCAGAACUAGUCAAGUACCUCUCGAAAGUUCUUGGCCUUCGAAAGAGCGAUGUAUCACUGGACAAGGGAUCUCGGUCCCGCAACAAGAUUAUAUUGAUCAGCAAAGGAGUAUCUACAGUGGAGACCAUAGAGCAACUGCUUCGAAAAGAAUCUGACCCUUAGAUAUUUGCCGAAAUAAAUACUCAUUAAACAAAUUGAUUUUUAAAACACA